AUGUCAAACAACAGCGUAAAAAUUCCCGCUUUACCAUGCAAGCUGUCUGGCCAAGGCCAUUACACUGUUUGGAGGGACCUCGCUUGUCGCAUGUUAAAAGUUUACGAUUUGUGGAAUCUAGUCAAUGGUACGAGCAAGCGUCCUGCGUUCACCACUACGGUUACAGCGGCACCACCUGCAGAACAACCAGCAGAAGGUGCAGCAGCAGCAACACCAGCAGAAGAGGACGAAGAAGAAACUACAGACAAUGCCGAAGAAAUCAGCGAAUGGGAUAAAAAAGACAACCUUGCUGUCGUCUUCCUUCAGUCCAAUAUCGAAUUCGAAGUCAUCCUUACGCUCACUCCGGCCGACACCGCUCACCACCUCUGGACUCAACUCGAGGACAGAUUUGAUGGGAAAACUGUAUCUUCCCUCCACUCGCUUCUUGCCAACGUUGUAACCCUACAUAACUCUACGGACAAAACCAAAGACCCACUCGGUUACCACCUCCACCAACUCGCAUCAGUCUCAGAAGCGAAGGCAUCCUUCCUACUCCUCUCACUCCGGCACGAAUCCCUCGAAUCAGUCGUUGACAACCUGCAAACCAAGCCCAAUGUCACCUUCGAUGACGUCUAUGAAAAGCUAUUGGAUCUGGACUCACGGCGCAACAACGAUGGACAAGCGACUGGAGAAGCCUACAACAUCAGGCGAGGAAACCCAGGACAUGGAAACAACAACAAAGUCGGAAAGACACGGAACAACAAAAAGGACAAAAAGGACCUUACAUGCACAUGGUGCACCAAGAACGGCGAAUUUGCAAAAGGCCACACGCAUAAAGACUGCCGGAAACUCAAAGCUUUCAGAGACAAAGAGAAGUCCGCUGCAUCUGGCAACCUCAACGUCGCAUCCGGUACUGCAUUUCAUACAAAAGUAGAUCUUUCUUGGAUUCCUGACCUCUCUGGCCUCCCCGCACUCGAAGAAGCUGAUGUAUUUACUAUGCCGGUUUCCUUCGACUUUACCACUUUCUCAGACACCUCGGAUGUAACAAUGGAAGACUACUUUAGCUUCGUUGCAGGACCUUCCACAUCUGACAAUAAGGCAUGGAUCUUUGACCCUGGUGCAACUAACCAUAUGACCGGAACUCAGGUUACCAACCCCUCACCCCACAGUGGAACAGUCACUGUUGGCGGCGGGCGAAAACUACAAAUAACCGGAAUUGGAAAUGUCACCAUCAACGGAUCACAUGGCCCUAUCACUCUGCAGAAUGUAUUUUUAAUCCCAGAACUCGGCAACACCAACCUAAUGUCUUGGUCAUGUAUUGCCAAAAAGGGAUUCACAACGACAGGGACUGAAAACGGCUUUACCAUUUACAAACCAAACAGCAAGGAAAUCGUUGGGAUCGCUAAUGCAAAUAGUACUGGUCUUUAUAUCUUUGAAACCAAGGAACUUUGCGCACAUAUCUCCAUCGCUACCAGCUUCUAUGACUGGCACCAACGACUCGGACAUCUCCCCGCUUCCUCACUCUCACGGUUACGUAAUAUGGUCGCCGACCCAAAGUCUCUCCCCACAACAGAUCUGAGCGGCAAGUUUUCCACUCCUUCUCUUGGCGGUUUUAGUUACUAUAUUAUUUUCAUCGACGAUUAUUCUAGGUACGCUCACCUCUACUUCCUUAAAAAGAAGUCAGAUGCAGCAGCUGCCACACAACGGUACAUCGCAUACAUGGAAAAUCAAUUGGACAAAACGGUUAAACGGUUUCGAAGCGACAAUGGUGGCGAGUACAUCUCCAACGACCUUCAACAGUUCUUUGCCUCCAAAGGCAUAAAGCAUGAAUUCACUGUGCCCUACUCUCAUGAGUCAAACGGAACAGCAGAACGCUUUAAUAGAACAAUAGCAACAAUGGCACGAUCCGCCUUGCUCGACCACGAUCUUCCACGGAAUCUAUGGGCAGAAGCGAUCAAUACAAUGGUACACGUCAAGAAUCGUCUCCCGCAUAAAGCACUCCCGAACAUGACACCAUAUGAAGCACUCACCGGCAAGAAACACUUCAUUGGGCAUCUCCGAUCCUUCGGUGAAACAAUGUUUAUUCACAUACCUGUCGAAGCACGAUCAGCUGGAACAAAGUUGGGUUGUGCGGGUUGUAAGCGUUUCAUGUCCAAGAUCCAAUGGAAUACUUCUGCGAAAAGAUUGAACAGGUAG